AUGGAAUUGAAUGGACCUGGGAAGUGGGAACUGGAAUUUGAUGGACAGCCUUUCACCUCUAGGUUAUUGGUGGUAGAAGCAGCUGUAUCCACCCCUUCAAUAUGUGCUACUUAUUUAUCUUAUGUGGGCACAGCAAUGAAACAGGACCAGAGGGGGGCCAUUACCAUUGUCAAAAGUGUGGACCAACCCAUAUUCUCUCCAGCCAUUUGUACAACCUGGAGCUUAGAGAAUGACACUUGCUAUUUCUCUCACUGGCAAAAGUCAGAGGAAGUGAGCAUUCAGCAGGAAGGUGACCAGGCUCCACGCUUCUGUGCUGUUUGUACACAGACUACCCAUUCUAAACCAAAGUGUCAUGUUAGUUACUGUAACCAGCAGGAGUUCGUCAGAGCUUUGGAAGCCUUCCUCAAAAAGUCCGGGAAGCUGAAAGUCCCCAAAUGGGUGGAAACAGUCAAGCUGGCCAAACAUAAAGAGCUUGCUCCUGCGAUGAGAACUGGUUCUACCCACAAGCGUGGUGGUGCUGGGGUUGGUUCCAUGACCAAGAUCUAUGGAGGACGGCAGAGAAACAGUGUCAGGCCCAGCCACUUCAGCAGAGGCUCCAAGAGUGUGGCCUGCCGCGUUCUCCAAGCACUGGAGGGACUGAAAAUGGUGGAAAAGGACCAAGAUGGGGGCCGCAAGCUAACACCUCAGGGACAGAGAGAUCUGGACAGGAUUGCCGGACAGGUGGCAGCUGCCAACAAGAAGCAUUAG